AUGAACCGCCGCGGCCACAUGUCGAGCAAGGUCGUCGGUGUCAAGAUCCGACCCAAUACACGGCGACACAGCGCAUUGCCAUUAGAUGGGGAGGAGAUCGUGCAGCGCGCGUGGGACGAGACGCACGAGGAUGAGGGCGACGCUCCCCUCGACGGUACGGACCGCCCGUGGAGCAGCAUUACUAUCACGUUUACCGGCGUCGAGGACAAGGUCGGGCUCAGUGAGAUUGUGCGCAAGCUUGGGGGGAGCAUUGAGAGUGCUCUCACAGUCAGCACUACACAUGUUGUAGCGCCGGGCUUUGGUAGCCCCAAGUACCUCUACGCAAUAGAACACGCCCUACCCGUCCUGUCACCCAGCUGGAUCAACGAUGCGUACCAGCGCUGGCUCACAGGGGAGAAACUUGAUAGCGUCGAAGCACACCGAUUGCAGCCCUUCAUAGGACUCAAGAUUGCGAUUUCGGGCAUCGAUCAGCUGGACCGCCGCAAGAAGAUUAUACAGCUGAUCAAGGAUAACGGAGGGAUUUACAGCAAGGACCUGGACCGCUCAUGCACGCACCUGGUUAGCGCGCACAACGCUCUCGACAAGAGCAAACAGAGCGAGAAGAUCAAGUGGGCGCUCAAGGAGCAGGGUGACCGCGACGCGGGCAGGCGACGGGGCAGACGCUACGCCGAAGAGGACCAGGCCAUCGUCUACGAGGAGUGGCUAUGGGACUGCGUGGCGUACCGUGGUCGCUGGCUCGAGAAGGACUACGACGCGCGCAAACCGCGCGGGACGGGCAAGGUCACGGCCGAGGAGGUGCUUGAUGAAAGCGUGUACGAGCGGCUGCGGCCCGCGCCGCCACCGCCUAUCGACGAGGACCUCCCCCUGGUUGUCCGCAAGCGCAAACGCGGGAGCCGGGACAGCCUGGUCGGCGAGCUGUUAUCGGCAUCGAACAUACCUACGCCGGAGGUGCAGGCGCCGGAGACGGCCGACAUCCCUGUCGAUAUGAAUCCCGACGUCGUAAUGGAAGAGGCGCUGCCGAGCCGCGCGGGGGACGUCUUCGAGCGCAAAGAGUCGCGCUUGCAUGCGUCACGGACCGGCUCAUUCGCUGCCGCACCGUCACGGGCCGUCCCUCCAGUGCCAGCCAAGGUAUCGGAGAAGAAGCUGUUCGCGGGGUUACGCUUCAGCCACACCAUUGAGGCCGCCGAGGUGCUGGAGAAGGCGGUCCAGUCGAGAAGCGGGUCGUGGGUGUCGGAGGCUGACCGGUUGGAAGGCGCUCAGGUGGACUACGUGAUCAUCAGAUUGGGAACAUUUGCGCCUGAGCUUCCGACGAACGGGCCUCAACCGGCGGUUGUCACCGAGUGCUGGGUCGAAGCGUGCAUCUACGAGAAGGCGUUGUUACCGCCAGAACAGAACGUCAUCUUCCGACCACUCCCGUUCGCCACCCCGCUUGUCGGCGCGGACGCUAUCGUCGCGCAUGUUUCAGGCUUCCCAACCGACCAGGCAGUGUAUCUUCGGCGGAUGCUCAAGGCUGCAGGCGUCGAGGUCAGCAAAGUCUUGGCCAGGGGCAAGAUUACGCAUGUGGUCCUUGCCACUCCCGAAGGGAAGAAGUUUGAGUCAGCAAAGCAGUGGGGCCUGCCCAUUGUCAAUUCAUCAUGGGUGUGGGCGAUGGCCCAAGAGGGUCGCAUCGACGCUGUCGAGCAGCACGCGCUCGGCGCGGAAGGUGGGGGCAUGACGCGCGAGGUUAUGUCUCGCAAGAUUGCCGAACCGGGUUCGACGUCUAGUGAAGAACUAGUCUCAACGGCGGCGCACUUUGUGACACCACCGGGAUCGGGGAGACAAGCGCCGCUGUCCGCCGCAGAGAGGAUAAUGAACGAUGCAAUGCGGAGCCCAAGCCGAGGCCGCUCGAAUCCGCCCUCUCACGCGGCAUCGCCCGCAUCCAAGCCGAUCGCAACGCCAGUCGAUGACGACGUCACAGCGCAACUCCGCCGCCUGGCCGAGGGUGAGGUCGCGCCUCGCGCUGUACUGCCAACACGCCGUUCCCUACCAUCCCGGUCCACCAUCUCUGGCGGCUUCGGGCCCUCAACCUCUGCGUCGCCUGUUGCCGACCGAGGCCUCGAGGCGCACGCAGCCCCAAUGCAGAGAAUAGAGGACGAGUCGAUGCGUGUGACGUACGCGGACCCAGCUUCGGAGAAGGAGAAGCGCAAGCUUAUGGAUGCGGUACUACGAGGCGCGGAUGGCAAGCGGCGGCGGAUGUAG